CCUGCAAAUCGAAUGAAAACAAAGGUACUUGUGGAAAUGGAAUGGGAUAAUCUUGGAAUCGUCCAGAACUGAACAAAUACCGACCCGAUUCCGACGGUGUUUUGAAGGUGACUACUCAUGGCGGCGAACGCGAGAGAAUCUCGGCGGCGGCGGAUCCUGGAGCGAGGUUCCGAACGUUUAGCCCUAAUAACCGGUCAGAUCCAAUCGCUCCCUUCUCCCUCCAUAUCUCCGCCGCCGAACGAUGAAAAUAUCAAUUCAUUACCCCAGCCGUCGAUCUCGAAUCUUCAGGAUCUCCGGCCUCGUAUUUCUGAUCAACCUACCGUUUCUCGUGAUAUCGACAAGCUGAUUGGUUCUACAUUGCAACAAAAGGAUCCUCAGAUUAGUGCUAGAUCUUCUGUAAAUGAUGGAGCCAGUAUGGCACCUCUCUUGAGCAAAUCUAAUGAAAUAGAACAUGCAGUAGCUUCUACUCCUCAAGAUGGUGGAAGAGCACCGUCCCAUGUCACCCCGUCUGAAGGUCGAGAUUCAUCUCUUUCUACAUAUGGCAGAGAUCGACGCUCCAAACCAAAAUUCCAACCCCUCAGUUCUUUCUCUCUGAAGGAAUUAAGUUCGGCGAUUUCUGAAUCUGAAAUGACCCGCCUUUGUUUUUCGGCUAUUAUAGCCUUUCUUGUAGUUGCUUCAUAUGUAGGAUUUCCUUUCUUAGGCCAGAGUCUUAUGAGAAUUGUUUUUGGAUCUAGACCAGUCUAUCUCGUCUUGCUCACAAAUGCAACAGUUGUACUUGGGAGACUUCUUUUCGCCAAACAGAAGGGUUCUAGAGUAUCUGAUAGGGGAGAGGGUCAAGUACCUCCACCUGAAGGACAAGGCUCAUUUGAACAAAUUGGUAACGUUUUAGAGGCAGGUCUAGUGGCUCAGAAGGCAAUGGGUGCAAUUUUCAUGGACAUUAGUGUGUUUGCAGUUAUCGUUGUAUCGGGACUUUCGUUUGUGCAGCGUCUGUAGAUUCAGGCUGUGUCGAUGGUUUGCAGUUUCGUUUUGUGUCUGUUCUUUUCUCUCUGUUCUGCACCUAGUCUAAAAAUUUUGUACUGUGCACUUGUCUCGUGUCAAUGAUACUCGUUCGAUGUUGGUUUGUUAGCCAUUUUGCAGUAAACCGAAAAGCCAUUUUGUAAUCCGAUCGUUCCAGUUACCCUAAAUUUACGACCCUACUUGUGUUUA